AUGCGGAAGAUGCAUGACGAGAACCCGCCCGGCCUAGCCGAAACGCUACAGAGGAGGACCAAAGCUGCUGUCCUUCCUCCCCCACGCGCCUGGGCGAACCGACACUGUUGGAGCCAUCGAUUGGGGCUCCUAAGGCUUCUCGCACUCUACGCCGCCUUCCGCUUGGUGCAUGGCUUGGUCGAGUCGGGUACGCGAGGCCCGGCUUUCUCCGGAGCUUCGCUAGCCGUGGGCCUGGUUGGAAGCCUCCUUCUGAGUGCAACGAAGAGGCGCGAUGUGUGCGAGCUUGGCAGCUUAUUCAUCGCCGUCACCAUGAUGCUUUUGGACGUCCUCGGAGCGAUGAUGUCGGAGGGUGAAGUCGCACAAAGGUCGUGGCUCACCCGCACUGCGGUGUUUUGGUCCCUGUCGGCGGUCGGCUUCGGAUGGCGCCCUUGUUUUACAGGCUUGUUUGAAGCUCUGACGCAGUCAUGCCACGCCGGAGCCAUCGUAUAUCUGCAACAGACCCAGGCCUUCGAUGGUCCUGGGCCCGUGGACGAGCUGCUCGUGUUUGCUUUCUUCGCACUUGCAGGCUUCAUAGCUGCCUUGCAUUUCAACUGGCUCCUCGUGGAUCUGUAUCUCGCAGAAAGAGCAGCGCUGGGCGAAGCGGAGGCCUAUUCCAAGCUGAUUUGCAUGGUAUGCGACUUCGAUAUGGUGGUCUCCGAGACACGGAAGUCCCCUGCACAGAUUGCGCGCGGUGCAGAAUCUUUGGAAAAGGCUCUUGGCCAAGAUGUCUCUGAUGGCACCGAGCUGGAGGAUGUCGUUUGCGAGUACUACCGCGACGACUUCCAGAGGACCUUGGCCACGGCGGACGAGCUGGUGCCUGUCCUGCUUUCGACCCGGCUCCGAGGGGCGGGAUCGAAGGAAAUGAACGCGCAUCUUCUGAUAGUGCGGAUGCCGGAUGCCGGGGCGACGGAGUAUUUAGCUGAGCCCUCCGGAGGCAGCUUCCUGCUGGCAGCUCGGUUGGAGGCUGCGGAGACGCCAUCGGCAGCUCCCAGUCCGCCGCCACCCUCUGAGCAGCUGCCCAUAGUUUACAGGUAUCCGAAGGACUACUCGGAGCUAAUUUCCGAGGAGAUCUUGGAUACGGCUCGCCGGGAAAGCACGGCGACCACGGCGACGGGUGUGCUCUUCGGUGACGUGGAGAUCAGCCACACCGGCCUGAAGACCUUGGUCGACCUGGGUCGCAAGGAGCAUUGGCUCAUUGAUGCGGACCACGUUCAGUUGCACGCAACUACUGUCUUGGGUUCUGGAGGCUUCGGCAUCGUCUGUGAGGGAACCCUCUGCGGCGCGGCAGUGGCCAUCAAGUUCCCAAGGAAGAGCACCAAGAACUCGACCUCGCAGACGCCGAACACGCGGGACCACGUCCUCAUCAUGAACUAUCUCACGGAGCUCCGGUUGCUUCGCUACGUCCGGCAUCCGAACAUCGUUGCAUUCUACGGUGCUACAGUGGAUGUAGACAAUCUCGAGAUGAUCUUGAUCUUUGAGAAGAUGGAAGGGAGCACUUUGAGCAAGUACAUCGAGUCCGAGAAACCUCCUGAGACAAAGCGCCUGCACGUCCUGCUGGAUGUGGCGAAGGCUUUGGUCUACUUACAUGGGCUACUGCCAGCGGUGGUCCACGGUGACCUGAAGGGUGAGAACAUUUUCGUAGACACCACGCGGGAGCGGCUGGUGGCAAAGCUUGGUGACUUCGGUCUUGCUCGCAAGAACACCUCAAUAGCCCGUGGCAUGGGUGGCACGCUGCGCUGGUGUGCCCCAGAGGUUCUCUCAGGCCAACAGCCUCCUUCCACGGCUGCGGAUGCGUACAGCUUUGGGCAGCUGGCAUACUUCGCAGUUUCAGGGACCAUCCCCAUGAUUGAGCUCAAGCGCCACGAGAUCGCGAGCGCAUUAGCAAGAGGGUAUGCGCCGAAUGAAGUUUGGCCCACCGACUACUUCUCUACGAGGAUCCGCGAAAUCUCCGAGGCUUGCCGUAAACUCGACCCUGAGGCCCGAAUGUCGAUGAAAGAAGUCUGGCACGAGCUCGGGCGAGUAGAGGAACCUGGAAAGCCCAAACGGGGGAUUCGCAGCUGGCUGGGCGGCAGCAAAGCGUUGGUACUAGGUGAGGAGCUGGUUCAUCCUUUCGGAAUUCUACCUGCUCCCUCCGAGCUUCCACCCGCCCCAGCGGGUGAGCCCCCGCGACCCGGCGGCGAUGGUACCGGCCAUCUGGAGGCGCAGCUUGCCUCAGCACGCCGCCACGUACUGGACCGCGCUGCGUGA